GUUAUUCAAACAGACAGUGGCGGUUGGAGAUCUUGCAACUUAAGAGAAGUGCAAAGCAUUGUUACCAUGCCAAGUCUAAUCACAUCACCACCAAGUGAGCUGCAGCACCUCAACAUGGACGCUGAGAGCAAGAAGAGGGGAAAAGACAGGGGAGGAAACCUGAAGUCUCGGCUGCAGUGUAGAUCAUGUCAAGCUGCUAAGACCAAGGGGCUUUGUUUUGAAGAGAUGUCCCAGUGGUCACACUCACUAGAGAGACUUCUAUCAUCCAAAUAUGGAAUGAAGAUAUUCCAGGCCUUCUUGAAGUCAGAGUUCAGUGAUGAAAACAUUGAGUUUUGGCUGGUCUGUGAGGACUACAAGAAGAUCAAAUCUUCCUUCAGGAUGUCGUCCAGGGCCCAAAAGAUCUUCAAACGCUACAUUCAAGCUGAAGCUCCUAGAGAGAUUAACAUUGAUCAAAAGACCAGGGAGCUGAUCCGGAGGGACAUUAAGGCACCCACCACAGUGUGCUUUGAUGAUGCGCAGAGGAUCGUCUACGGGCUAAUGGAGAGGGACUCUUACCCACGUUUCCUAAGGUCUGACAUCUAUCGGACUCUAAUGGACUCCACAUCAGAAUUAGGGAAGAUGUAAAGAAGACUGAAGCCAGAGAGAGAGUGUUUGUAGAAUCUGGACUGCAAAGCUGAGCCCAGUGCUGGACUACCUGAGAAAAGCUGUGGUGUGUUUGUUUAUCCUCAGACCCCUGCUGGUGAUCCUAACCAAAAGCACCCAAAACAUGUAAUUUUCAGCACAUUCAUGCCUUAAUUUUAAGCUGGAGAAGACAUGUUUUGGCAUAGGACAUGGCCGCAUGUGACUGUGUUAGAGAGGAGUAGCCAGCUCUGUAGUAAAAAAGUUUAAGAGAGAUUGUUCAGAAAUAGCUGGUAUGAUGGGAACUGAUGACUGUAGCUUAAAAAAAAAGCAACUGCUGCUAACUGCUAUAAAGUAAAGGACUUCCCAGAGAUGCCGUGGUUAUGUGAAUGAUUAGUGAAAAUGCUGGGGACUUUCUGUGAGACACCAGGAAAUAUAUGUGGUGCAAACAACAUCCUCCACCCGAGAUGCAUAUGAGCAAGCCUUUAUCGACAUUUGCACACCAUCUGAAGCUUACUGUUAUCUCACUAAAGCAGUAGUAUGUAGGUGUGGAUAUUUUAUGCAGAGCAUUAUGAGUUUAGGUUUUUUACACUCUGACAUCAGUGCUGUCAUUCUGAAAUAACUGAUAUGUUACAACUAUAUUACAGCUAUUGUUAUUAUAAGCUAUGUGCUGAAAAUGUAUUACACAGUUUGUGAAAACAUUGUGUAUGUGAAUAUU